AUGGACCAACGACGACCUCAAACGAGAGAGGAAGUCCUAGCGGACGUCCAAGGCUUCAUAAACCCCUCAAUAAUUCCCAUCGAAGACGUCGCCGAUGAAUAUUGCAAACUCCUGGAACAGUUUGAAAAUGGAAAUUCAUGCGAUAAAGAUGAUGACAUAAUAGACAUCGACACCGACAUUGUACCGAAAUUAGUCGACACCGGGAACGGAGAGUUAGAGGAAAAGGAAUGUACAGCAUCAGAAGUUGACAAAAUCUUUCGAUCGACUCAAGAUGAAAUUAUAGCAGCUCUCAAGAAAGACGAAUCAAUCAAUCCCGAAGUUGAUGAGAUGAUCACUGAUGUUCAUAUAAGGAUAAUUAACGAAAAAAAGGCGAACGGCACUGACACCGAACCAAGCACUACCUUUAUAGAGCAACUGUCGGGACACACAGGUCUAAGAUCUGGUCUCGUACCUUUCGGGGUUCCUGCCCCGCUUGUCCCAAACUUCGAUGCCGCAUUCAGUGUUCUUCCACUAGAUAUCGCAGCCACGGUCCUCUACCACUUCAUCCAGACCCAAUGGAAUUUAACCCGUGUAAGAUCGUGCGGUCAAACAUGGUACCAGCUCAUUCGAAUAUUGAGGGCAGCCGAUGUCCAUGCGGCCUUCAAAAGAAUCGAUCGUAACUUACGACUUUCUCUCCCCGUUACAUCCCCUAUGGACAGAUUGGAGCUAUGGGCAGUUUCUAAUAGGAAUUAUUUGGAUGCUCGCGGUGUAGCGUCACUUAACCAAGGAUUGCAAAAUGCACGGACAAUCAUAUAUACAUCUAGACUGUGCGCGGUACUCAUGGACCCGGCGGGGGUUUCUGUUGCUUGUCCGUUCUGUGGUGUAAACAGCCCUAAUGUAAACCAACAUGCUCAUACUGAAUUGAGGAUCAUUGUGAAGUUAUUCUUCCAAAGGCAAUACAAAUUUGUUGAACCAAUCGUGCUUUGGGACGCAAGAACCCCUGAAGCAAAAGCGAUGUUUGCGGCCUUCAAGCGGUGGGUUUAUCAGUGGAAGAGAGAAGUAGUCAGAAUUGGACCUCGAAGAAUAUCUAAGUUGGUCACUGACACCAUCGGACUCGCACAUGGUUCUCGGACGGGUACAGUUGGUAAAAUACUCACCAGGUGGCGUAGGCAAAGAACUGGCACGGAUGUUUGGUUCAACAUGAAUCAGGUAAGUAUCAAUCUACGAUGGGAUGCAUUUCGCAACAGUAAUGAUAUAUACAUGGGAUUCCCUGUCGUUGGUCCGGGUCGACGUGGUCGAACGGUUUCGUACCGUCGAAUUGAUCUAUGGCCUGGACAAGAUGCCUUGGAUAGGAUAAUUGAUGAUGAAUUGGUUCAGCUUCUGGGAACUGUUCCUUCGAUGGCCGUGAAUCAAGACAGAAUGGGAAUCCGUGGCCGGACGUUGGAAACUCCUUAUGCAAAUUUGAGAACUACGAUUCUUCCAGCAGCUGAACUACCCCCUCAUAAUGCUACUUGGGGAUACGCUUAUAGGACGGAAGAGAAGUGGCAUCAUUUCUACUCGAACUAUCCUUUAGAUCCUAACGCUGGAAGUAGCUUCGCUGGAUAG